GUUCCACCCACUGCGACGGUCGGCCAUGGAGACUUAAUUGAACGAGUUCUAAGAUUGUGGAAGGUGGUACCUUACUCAUCCGACAUGGCGAAAAUUUACAAAGAUACCAAGGUCGACCUCGGGCCGUAUUCAUCGAACGCCGUCGUCAACAUCCAGAUUCCAACACAUACGGGACAAACCCGAGCGCGGUUCUCUAUAUUAUCCUCUGUAGGCGAAGACGAACCGCCGGUUGCGAAAGAUGAGGAGGAAUUUUCGAAACGGUAUCUCUCGAGCCAUGGGUCGAUUUACUUCCGCAAACGCCGUGUCUAUCCCCGAACGUUCCUCUGGAGGGUUGUUAAUGAUAACAAGGUUCUGGAGAUUCAAUGUGUCGACUUGACAAAGGGCGGCAUCGAGCAUUUUGUAUACAACAAUACUUUGCGUCUGGAUUUCCAGGAGGAGAUCCUUCCUUCAUGCGUUGAUUUCGCAGAUCUGGAGGAUCACGAUGUACUGAGCGUCUUCGUGAUUACGGCAUCCAAGCAGCUUUACACCCUGAGUCUUCGCCCAGAAUUCUUGCGCAGGACAAGUGCGAUCGACAACAAUGUAGCAGAUUGGUGCAAGAGCUGUGUUCCGGCGCCCUUGUCGUUCUCCUAUCCUCAUCGAUUGCACGCGAGUAGUCCGCUCGAGCUGUUCAUCUCCCUCGACAACGGGGCGCUUUUGCGUUUAACUAGGAGAUCUAAUGAUGAUGGCUCAAAUUGGACUCCGCUUACCUUCGACGAGAGAACUUGGGGUUCGUCUAUCCGCGGCUUGGUUAGAUGGCACGCGCAGCCUUCGAUUAAAUACAAGGGACGCAAUCUCGACCCGAACUUGGCAAAUGCCAUCGCUACUACGUCCGAUCAGACUUACGUUUUCGCCGUCUGUCUGAACCACACCUUAAAGAUCUGGAACCUAGCUACGAAUAAAUUGGCUGCCACGAAGGACUUGUUAGGCCGCGAAGUGCAAGAGCCAGAGUCAUCGUUGUCAUACUCGUUGAAUCCAGCGGAAUCAUCUUUCAUCCGUGUAUUCAAUGUUGAGAGAGCGCUGGACGGGGCAUAUCGUUAUUACGUUGUUACAUAUUCACCUUUUGAGGACGGGCGUUUCAAGUUCUGGGCUGUAAAGGGAGGGUUAACGUCGCCGCUUGUCAUCGAGGAUCUCUUUCCUGAUGCUCCAUUGCGGCCUCUAGACCCUGACUCGACAGGGAAUAUGUUCUGGAGUAUCAUUGAUUUCCAGCUUAAGCCGGCCGAAGAAGGGAAAGGCAUGGAGCUGUGGAUCCUUUGGAGAAACAGCAGUGUCUAUCAGCUUUACACUCUACAUUUCAAUUUCGAAACCCUGGUGAGAGACUGGGAUGCCAAUUGGGUGUCAACAGCAAUAGACACGCGCGCCCAGGAACCUCUGCCCCCUAUGUCAGUCUCUGACGUGGUUGAUCCAACAGAGAAAUGGCUGAAGUUCCUUUUAAAACCAAACAAAUUCUCUCCAGAGGUGCUUGAGACUGCUCUGGCGAUCUACCAGGAGGCUCUCCGGCCGCUGUCUUCUUCCAGUGUCUUGAAUAAAAGUGCUUCGCUUACCGAGCGGCUCUGUUCCACCAUCGCUGCCACUGUGUCGCUUCGAAAGUUUGCCGAAGAUGAGAUGGAUUUUUCCAGGUACCGCAUGGACACGGACUCGAAGUGGCGUCAGUUUUGGCAAAUUGCGGAAGAUAUUAACAAGAGACGAUUCGAGCCUGUUUCUCUUGUCUAUGACUCCUACCAUGAGACUCCAUGGCUUCUUCUUUCGGAUAGCUGCGCAGUGAUUAGGGAGUGUAGCUCAACCGAGCUACUUUUGCACAAUUCGGGCACCACCCUACGCGCGGAAGGACACAAAAUCGCAGAUCGCUGGAGGCAUAGGAACCUAGACGAGGAGGUUGGCAGCUUUUUUGAGCAGGCUUCUCAUCUGAUGAAAGUUGCCUCCGGCUUUAGAAGAAGAUUUCCAGCUGAACUUGAGGCGGAUUGCCAAAGAGCUCUUGAAGCAGAGCUGUUUACUGAACCAUCCUCGUCUGUGCAGGACAGAAUGGACGCUUUUCGUGAUCGUUGCAACUUUGGCGAACAGAUCUCCAACAAGACUUACGAUGGUUUGCUUACGGCUAUGGAUGGACACCUAGAUAUUUAUAAUCUGCCGAACCACGUUUUCUACUCUAUCCUGGACACAGUCCCCCUUGGGUUCCCCGGAAAGGAUUCAGACCUUUUAGCUACCCAUUUCGGAGUGAAGGUUACUGUAAAUGGCGUCCAGGAGGCGAUAUUGUACACACGCCAGCUUCUCAUUGAUCUCUUAGUUCUCAUAGUGUUCGUGGAUGGCGAAAUUCAACAAGAGCGCACGUCGGAGUUUGAUGCCGUGGACUUGUUUGGCUCGUUGAUAACCUUGCUAAGGGAAUAUGAAAUGAUGGCCUGGCUCAGCUCAAACACCCGGAAAUGUCCUGAAAGGCCCACAAGCGUUCCUGAUGAUCAGUCAAGUUCACAACUGUCCCUGAAGGACUCGCCUUCGAGAGAUACAGGCACUAGGAUGGCAACCAUCUUAGAGGACCUGUUUGCUACUGAUAUCAAGCCCCGUCAGACUAUCGGUCUGCCUCAAAGCUAUACUUUAACCCUGGGGAUCCACGACGUUCUGUCCUGGGUUACUCGCCAAGGCGAGGUAGCUUUCCCAAACGCUUUAGUUUAUAUCCAAUGCGAUCUCAUCGCGAAGAACAACAUUGAUCUUGCUUGGGACUUCCUUCGUUUCCAGCCAAGUACGUCUUGGGCGACAUAUGUUAAAGGCCGCCUGUAUGUGGCUAUGUCCGAGUUUGACACUGCAGCCCUGUAUUUCCGUAAGGCUGCAUAUCUUCUGUCAUGUGGCAAACCUCUCGGUAACUUGCAUGAGAUGUCAUCGACGCUGUUAGAUAUUGUAUCGGUGGACUCGUUCCACAAUGGUCUUCCUAAGUACUUCCAACAUAUCUUGUCUAUCUUCGAGAAAGCGCGCUCGUUUUCUCACGUUGCCGACUUCGCCCGCCUUGCGUUGCAGGCACUUGCAAGUGAAAACAAAAACGAGCAGGAUCCAGAAUACAACAUCUUGCGAACCGACCUUCUUUCGCGCUUGUUCUAUGCCUCCCUGCAGAAUUGCCAAUUUGACCAAGCAUAUUCUGCUCUGUCUCGAUACAAGGACCUCGCCCUGCAGAAGUCCGCUCUCAGCUCCCUGAUUACGAGUAUAUUGGCUGCAUCUGGACCAGGCACUGCUGGGCUUCAACAAAUUCUCCACUUUCCGACAUCACUUGUUCCAAAUAUCGCUUCAUACGUAGACGAGACCCUUGUUUCACUUGCUCGGAAACAGACAACUUUCAGCUCUCUCUUGGACACUGGGAGAAAGUGGACCGACAGCACACCAGAUUAUCAGAGAAUCUUGCAGGCAUACCGGAUCUCACGGGGCGACUACCGUGGUGCCGCCGAGAUCGCGUACCGGAAUGUGCAGCGCCUCCGCAAUGCCCGAGAUGCCCCUUCCACCUAUCUGGUGCUGAGCAAGAACCGAGACGCCGACGCCACACAGCAUACGGAGGACGACCCAGAAAGCCAGGAGAUUAGGCAUGAGCUUUUAUCUCUGAUCAACCUACUUGGCUGUGUCGAUAAGAGUGAAUCUUAUAUCUUAGUCGAGAAGGAAGAUCCCAGUGUACCCGCCACAAUCGUAGACCGACGUCGCAGUGUGCAGGCAGACGAUGAUGGGAACGUUUUCAUGGACGACGCCGAUGUCAGCUCGCCCAGCCCCUAUGGCUCAAAACGCAGACUCAGUUCCAGCGCAACCGCAAUAACCCCAUCAGCCCGCAGAGAUAGCAGGUCUUCAGUCUCUACCGCUGGCAGUCAUGCUCCCCGACGACGUGUCAUAGUGACUCUCGAUCAUCUACGUCGUGAGUAUCAGUCUGAGCUGGAUCGGAUCAGCAGAAUCGAAAGGGGCGAUUGGGAGUUCGGAGUUUUUGACGCCAAUGUGGCAGAUAAUGAUGAUACGAUGCGACUCUAAGCCGAGCCUUGGAUGAGUGUCCAUGAUUUCUGAUAUUUUUCCCCCUCACAUAUUGUUCUCUCUUUUUUUUUUUAUCGAUCUCAGACUCUGGACUGCGUUUGUAUUCUAGGCUAGGCUUAUUUAUCUACAUCAUCUGGUGGUAAAAGAAAGGAAAUGGAG